GAACAAAAUAUUCCUUCAGGACUUGACGAUAGCGAUACGGUUGUUUGGCUUUACAGGCCUGACUUACAGAUUGAUUGAUUCCUCACUGUAUUGAUAAAGUUGUUUGCCAUUAUCUCUCAUCUAUCCUGCAAAAACAGGUGGAGCAACACAAACAUGAACAUCAGGAGACCCACCACUUGUUUCUUCUUUCUCUGCAUCAUCAUCGUCUUCUCCAAUACCCAUCUACGCCCAUGCAAGGCAGCAAAAAGCGUUUGCAAUGGCGCCCAUUACACAAACGGUAGUAAAGUGGAGAGAAAUAUCAAUACAGUGGUUAAUCAUCUUGUUCAACACACAUCCUCCUCAGGGGGUUUCAACACUACAGUGGAAGGUCAAGAUCAGGAUCAGAUUUUUGGGCUCCUCCAAUGCAGAGGAGACACCACAGGGAAAGAAUGUGAGGCUUGUUCAAUGGAGGCAAACAGAACAAUUCGACAACAGUGUGGGAAUUCUCUAGGCGGUAGAGUUUGGCUUGAAAAGUGCUACUUGCGCUUUGAGCACAACAACUUCCUUGGAGAUCUGGACACUACCUCCUAUCUAGUCCAAAGCAAUCUUCUCAACUCCACAGAUCCUGAAGCUUUUGGCUCCGCAGUUAAGGCUCUUAUGUCCGAUUUGUCAGUUGAAGUGACUGCAUCAUCUAAUCUCUAUUCUUCUAAUUGGAGUGGAGAUGAUUCUUCCUCUACGAAGAUUUAUGGUCUUGUACAGUGCUGGAGAGACAUCUCUGUUGAGGGCUGCGCAUCUUGUUUAGACAACGCAAUCCGUAAUCUGGUGGAGGUGACAAAUGGGGCACAUAAUCUUGGAGGUGUGGUUUACUCUGGAAGUUGUACUGCUCGUUAUGAUACUUACCCUUUCUUUACACUGUCUUCAAAUGGGCAGAACACAUCACCGUCAAAAAAGUCUUCAAACAAAAUCCCCAUCAUUGGGGGCUCUCUUGGCGGCUUCCUAAUCCUCGUUUUAUUAGGAGGGAUGUUUGCAGCGCGAAGAAAAUUGAAGUCUGCAAUAUCUGGGAAGAGUACAACUCCCAACCGAGGAAAUGAGCGCAUGCAAAGUGACAACGUAAUCAAUGAAGAUUUUCAAGUAGUAUUUAAUUUGGAAACAUUGGUAGAGGCAACCAGAAAUUUCCACGAGGAGAACAAGCUGGGAGAGGGAGGAUUUGGCCCUGUAUACAAGGGUACUAUGCCAGAUGGAAGAGAAGUAGCAGUGAAGAAACUGUCUACAAAAUCUUCCCAAGGGAACAAAGAAUUUUUAAACGAGGUUAAACUCGUUGCGAAAAUUCAGCAUCGAAAUCUUGUGAAUCUGCUUGGAUGUUGUGUAGAGAGAUCAGAAAGGUUGCUUGUUUACGAAUACUUAGCCAACAAAAGCCUUGACAAGAUACUCUUUCAUGCCCAAAGGAGUAAAGAGCUGGAUUGGCAGAAGCGUUUAAACAUCAUAACUGGAGUAUCCCGUGGACUUCUUUACUUGCACGAAGAUUCUCAGUUGCGAAUCAUUCAUCGGGACAUCAAAGCAAGUAAUAUUUUGUUGGAUGAGGAAAUGAAUCCCAAGAUAGCAGACUUUGGCUUAGCAAAAUUGUUUCCAAAAAGUCAGACUCAUAUUAGCACUCGAGUUGCUGGAACAUACGGUUAUUUGGCACCAGAAUAUGCCAUGCACGGGAAAUUAUCUUCUAAAGCUGAUGUAUAUAGUUUUGGUGUUGUACUUCUGGAAGUUGUGAGUGGGAGAAAGAAUAACAAUACCAAACUAGCCACAGAAGAUCAAAAUCUUUUGUCAUUGGCAUGGAGAUGUUACAGCAGAGGAAAUAGUUUAGAUGUGAUUGAUAAAGAGAUAAUAGACAAGUGCCCUAAAGAGCAAUGUAUAAGAUGUAUUCAUGUGGGUUUGCUCUGCACACAGGCAGAUGCAUCACUUCGUCCACCCAUGUCAAUUGUGUAUUCAAUGCUUUCAAACACUUCUUUCACUAACUUGCCAAAUCCUACAAAGCCCGCUUUUGUAAAUGUUACACAUGGAGUAACAGGAGGAGAUCUAUCGCAUGGAUCUAGAGUAAUAAAUUCAAUAUCUAUAUCAUCAUCAUCUGCACCGUCUGUCAAUGAUGCUUCCGUCACAGAGUUGCGAGCCAGAUAAGCAGCAAUAGCUAUCAGAUAAAUCUAGUUGAUCUCUAUAAACAAUUUGAUGUAAUCUAAUUGCUUUUGCAUCUAUAUAGUUUAGAGACAUCUCUUUUUGGAAGAUUUCUCAAUCUUCUUAAAUUAAAGAAUUUAUGUAAAAUCCUUAUUGAGAAUU